CGCAACUUGCUCUAUUCGUUGGAGGCUAUAACAAUCCAAAAAGUCACCAUGAAAUUUCUCGUGGUUUUAUUCUUCGUCUGUCUCGUUGGUGCUCUGGCCCAAGAGUUGAAUGAAGCCCAAAGGCAAAGACUUAGGGAGCAUAGAGAUGCCUGUAUAAGAGAGACAGGUGCUGACAGAGCUGAGGUUGAUAGAGCCCAUAGGGGUGAUUGGGCUGACAACCCAACAAUCCGUUGCUUCGCCCUAUGUAUGAUGAAGAGAUUGGGCCUGAUGAGUGAUGAUGGUAAACUGAAUGAGACUGCAGCCCGUCAGAGAUUGGCCUUGGUAUUGAGGCGCGAGAGGGUAGAAGAAGUCAUGAGGAAGUGCAAGGAUCUGAAGGGUCCCACUCCUUGCGAUACUGGAUACCUGAUUCUGAAAUGCUACACUGAUAACAGAGCAAACAUGGUUUAAGAUUCAUCCUAAAUUCCUACUGUAUGAAUAACUAGGGCUUUAUCGAACUUUUUCAAGUAUACAUGGAUUCAUUUGUCAAUAAAUUAUCUGGAUAUCAGCGACAGUAGUGGCCAUGCGCGUAGCGUGUGGCUCCGGCGGCCGUCCAAGCUAAGCAGCGGUUAGUCUGCUUAGUACUUGGGUAGGUGUCGGCUUAGCCCUACCUCCCUGGGUGGAGCUGCUGGUGUUGAUCAUGAAUGUAGAGACCUACUGUACCUAUCUAGUCAGUAUGAGAGGCAGACACAAUAGGACUCUGCAAUAUCGGACGGCUGUACGACUGAGGUCUUCCAUGGUUUCCCUGUCAGUCCUAGCCCGAAUGGGGUGCAGCCAUGUAAAGAGUAAGACGGCCCAUGGUAACGCAGAUAAGAAUUGGGAAAAUGAGAAGAGAGGAGUAGGAGAGACAGAUCAAGGUUGACGAAGUAAAGCGCCUAUAAAAACGUAACGGUAGUAGGAAUGAAAUAUGGAUAAGAAAUGUCCGGAUAUCUCUCAGUAAUUUGGUGAAUCCUUUAUUGUAUCCUUCAAUUUAUCGAAAUAUAACA